UAAACAACAAAAGUGAAAAAUACGAUGUCGGUCGGCAAAAUAAGUGAAUUUAAAGUCCAUACGGACGAUUGGAGGUUAUACAUUGAGCGGCUCGAACAAUACUUUUUAGUUAACAAAAUUGUGGACACUUUAAAGGUUCCCACACUAAUUACAGUUAUGGGAGCCGAAAGUUAUGAGCUGUUAGUGAGUUUGUGUACCCCAACGAAACCGAGUGAAAAAACAUUUGCGGACUUAACCACCAUUAUGGAAAAACAUUUACAACCGAAACCUAGUGCAUUAGCCGAGCGGUAUAAAUUCCGUCAUAGAAAGCAGGCUAACAACGAAAGUAUAGCGGAGUAUGUAGCUAUUUUGAAAAGGAUGUCGAAGACAUGUGAGUUUAAAACUGCAGAUUCGUUGGAAGAGAGCCUUAGGGAUCAGCUGGUAUGCGGGUUAAGUAGUGAAAUGAUACGGCAGCGGUUAUUCGCUGAAGAAAAGUUAGAUUUUGCCAAGGCGUACAGCUUGGCAGUCAGUUUAGCGGCGGCCGAAAAGGAUGCGGCCGUGGUCGAGGGAUCGUGCAAAAAGCAGGGUGAGGUCAAGGUGGCCGAUUGCCAAGCCAUGGCGGGAGUAUGGCAGCGUAACGCUAGCGCUGCGACAGGCGAUAGGGCGCAGGCUAGCAGCGGGCAAUCAGGAGUAAACAGGCAGUUUGGACAGCGCGGGCAUUUCUCGGCGCGCGGGCAUCAAGCGAGCGGGCAGCGCACAGGCGCGGGCGCGAGGCAACCUACAGCGGCAGGCCAGCGCGGGCAGCGGCAGUGCUCAGUUUGUGGGGGCUCCCACCCUGAAGCGCCGGCGCAGUGCAAAUUCGCGCGAUACGUGUGCCGAGUGUGUAAUCGCGAGGGGCACCUGCGACGUGUUUGCCCUAACGUGACGGACCACCAUAGGGUGGAAGCGAUGACAGACAUGGACACUGACGACAGCGACGAGGUAAUUGUAGUUAGCAUGAAUCACUUAUCUGUAUCGGACUGUAAACCAAUAAUGAUCCCAAUAAAUGUGCACAAUAAAUCUAUUAGUAUGGAAUUAGAUACGGGCUGUGCAGUAAGUUGUAUAAGUUCUAAAUUAUACCAGCGUGAGUUUGUUGAUUUAGAGUUAAAUAAAAGUAAUGUUGUACUAAGAUAUUACACUGGUGAACUCGUUAAACCGCUAGGAGUAAUCAAACCAUUAGUUAAAUACCGAGAUCGAGAGGCAUAUUUAAAUUUAUAUGUUAUCAAAGACGGUAUAACGCUUCUGUUAGGGAGACAAUGGAUAGCAGCCUUAAAUAUUCUUAACUUACCAGUAUACGACGAGUCCAUGUUAGGGUAUGUCGAUAGCGAGGAUGAAGGCUUUAAUAUAACGGAAUUUAGUUCCAGAUUCUCUAAGGUGUUUGAAGACGGUUUGGGCCGGUUCACGGGCGGCCAAGUGAGCAUACACCUGCGGCCCGAGGCGCGGCCCGUGUUCCUGCGCGCGCGACCGCUGGCGUACGCGCUGCGCGAGCCGGUGGAGCGCGCGCUGGAGCAGCUGGUGCGCGACGGCGUGCUCACCCCCGUCGACCGCUCCGACUGGGCCACCCCCAUCGUACCCGUGGUGAAGAAAGAUGGUAAUAUUAGAAUAUGCGCCGACUAUAAGUUGACUAUAAAUAAAGUUCUUGAAGUUGACCGUUAUCCAUUGCCUAGGGUAGAAGAUCUGUUAGUGCGUCUCGACGGCGGAGAUCGGUUUAGUAAAAUUGACUUAUCCCAGGCGUAUGCUCAGUUUGAGCUAGACGAGUCCAAGAAAUGCACAGUAAUAAAUACUCAUAAGGGUCUUUUCAUGUAUAACCGACUCGUGUACGGGUUGUCGUCGAGCCCGGGUAUUUUUCAACGCCGGUUAGAACAGCUGUUUGCGGACUUGCCUCACGUAGGGGUUUUCCUGGACGAUAUUAUUAUCACGGGUACGGAUACAAAGAGCCAUAUCGAGAAUUUGCAUAAAGUCUUUGAUAGAUUACAAUCUUUUGGUUUGCGGGUAAAAAAGGAAAAGUGCGCGUUCUUUCAAAAAUCGGUUAAUUACUUAGGCCAUGUGAUUAGUAAAGACGGCGUACAGACGUGUCCGGACAAGAUUACGGCAAUAGCAAAUACUCCGGCUCCUACAAGCGUAACCGAGUUAAGGGCGUUCAUAGGGCUCAUUGUGUAUUAUUCAAAAUGUGUGGCAAACGUAAGCACAAUAUUAGCACCUUUAUAUAUGUUAUUGAGGGCAGGUGUAAAAUUCGAGUGGAAUGAUGAGUGUCAGGUUGCUUUCGACAGGGUUAAGACUGCAUUAUGUUCUAGUAAAGUGUUAGUGCAUUACUCGGUAACGCUACCGCUAGUUCUAACUUCUGACGCGAGCAGCGUCGGCGUCGCCGCUGUGAUAUCGCACCUCACGGCGGAGGGCGAGCGGCCCAUUGCUUAUGCGUCGCGGACGCUCACCGCGGCAGAGCGCGCGUACGCACAGAUCGAUCGAGAAGCGCUGGGAAUUGUUUUUGGUAUUAGGAAAUUUCACCAAUACCUGUAUGGGAGAAAAUUCAUUUUAAGAACGGAUCACAAACCGUUGACUCAUAUAUUUGGUAAUAAGGUGGGGAUACCAGUUAUGGCGGCAUCACGAAUACAGCGCUGGGCCGUUCUCCUGUCCGGAUACGACUAUGAAAUCGAGUACGUCGCGUCGGCUAACAACUGCGCGGAUGCCUUGUCUCGUUUGCCUCAGACCGGCAAAAAUAACAAGCAACUGCAUACGAGUCACAUGGGCAUAGUCAAAACGAAGGCACUAGCUCGCAGCUAUGUGUGGUGGCCGGGCAUUGACGCCGACGUGGAGGCGCUGUGCCGGCGCUGUGACACGUGCGCGGCGGAGGCGCCGGCGCCCGCACGCGCGCAGCCGUCUCCCUGGCCAUACCCACCGCGGGCGUGGAGUAGACUACAUUGUGAUUUUUUGGGACCAUUUCAAAGCAAGAUUUUUUUUGUCUUACUUGACGCGGGCUCUAAAUGGAUCGAAAUGUUUGAAAUGUCACGAACAAACGCGUUAUCGGUCAUUAAGGUGCUUAGAGAGACGUUCGCGCGUUUCGGCUUACCGGCAGAAAUAGUUUCCGAUCAAGGGCCACCUUUUACGAGUAUAGAAUUCGGUGAUUUUUUGAAACUUAACGGAAUACGACAGUACUUCUCACCUAUUCAUCAUCAAUCGUCUAAUGGUGCAGCGGAAGCCGCCGUGAAACUUUGUAAACGCGCCCUAAAGAAGGCUUAUCGAGACAAGGUAGACGUAGAAGCCGCCUUACAAACUUAUUUAAUGGCCUAUAGGAAUAGUACCCAAAGCACGACCGGGGAAAGCCCUGCGAUGCUUUUGAUGAAACACUCUCUUAGGACACGUUUAGAUUUGUUGCGCGGCGAUGGUAUUGUGGAACAACGGGUUCAUGAUGCGCAGGAGCGGCAGGUGCGGGCAGCAGGGGGCGCCACGCGCGCUGUUGCUCCAGGCGACCCCGUCUGGUCGCGUAGCUAUACUGGCCAAGAUAGGUGGGUAAAGGGCACAGUAGUCGAUAAAACGGGCUCUAAUAGGUACGUAGUGGAUAACGGUCAGGGAAGUUUCAUACACCGACAUAUUGACCAGAUAAGACGUCGGACGAGAUAUUCUAAUAUUACUUGGCCAGAUACAAAUGAAGGCCGAGAUCAAUCGGAUCAAAUGUACGAGGCGGCGGUCGCAGCGGUCGGCGGCGCCGAGGACGUAAGUCCAGUGGUAGGUGAGGCGUCGGAUGAUGUUUCGCGCGAGGUCGGAUCGGAGGAAGUGGCCGGAUUGCUGGCGAGUUCACCUGAGCAAAUUGCAGUUAAUCCCACGCCGGCUAUUUCACAUCAUCCAACGCCGUCACCCCCAGUUCCACAGCCAAUGGCAUCCGCAGUGAAGUUUCUCGUCGGCUAUGGUGCAGCAGUCGACUUCGUUAUAAAGAACAUGCAACAGCCGCUAGAGAGUUCAUGA